AUGCGACCCUCAAAUCGAGCUGAAGUGACUGGAGUAAUGAGAUCAAAAAAUCCCCUUUACUCACUGAUCACUGCCACUAUUGCUUUAAUGCCUUCCACGGUGAAAGGUGUCUAUUCCUUGAACCAUAAAGAGUUUGAUGAGCUUCCUAAAGAAAAUUUUUGGGAUGUCGCUGAUAUUUUCAAAUGGGAAGGAUUUUGGUAUGGUUUUCAUCAAAUAGAAAGCAUAAAAGCCUUCCAAUCCCACUUCCAAGCAUGUGAUGAUGAUGUCAUUUUGGCUUCCUUCCUGAAAACUGGCACAACUUGGCUUAAGGCCCUUUGUGUCUCCAUUAUGGGACGCCAAUCCUCCCACCACCAGCAGCUAGGUGGUGAUGAGGAAGAGGAGGAGAAGGACCUUCUUGUUAGAAAUAUUUCUCAUUUUUAUGUACCAACCUUGGAGGUCCAGGUUUACGAAGAUGCUUCACAUCCUGAUCUGUCUGGUAGAGGCCUAGGCACGCCAUCACCUAGACUCUUUCAUACUCAUCUUCCUUAUAAUACCCUUCCUGAUUCCAUUAAAAAUUCCAAGUGCAAGAUUGGUUAUAUAACUAGGAACCCCAAGGACACUCCAGUGUCUUUUUGGCACUUCUUCAAUAAAAUACUGAGACCUGGGCAGGACCCAUUUCCCUUCGAGAAGGCAUUUGAAAGUUUCUGCAAUGGGGUUCACGUCUAUGGACCUUUCUUUGACCAUAUUUUGUCUUACUGGACAGAGAACUUGAAAAUGCCUCAUAAGAUACUCUUCAUCAAGUAUGAAGAUCUCAAGAGUAAUCCUAUGCAGCAGGUGAAGAAGCUAGCUUCAUUUCUUGGAAAACCAUUUGAGGAAGGCGAUGAGGAGGAGAUUGAGAAAGUGAUAUGGAGAUGCAGUUUCGAGAGGCUCAAGAACUUGGAUGUCAACCAAAACGGUGCCAUUUGCAAGGUGCCAAAUAGUUUCCUUUUCAGGAUGGGAACUGUUGGAGAUUGGAAGAACCAUUUCACCCCCGAGAUGAGCCAGAGACUUGAUCAAAUUGCACUCAUGAAACUACAAAAUGCAGGCCUUGAUCUUGAGAUGAAUGUUUAG